AUGUGUGUAAACAACACUACUCGAUCACCGUUUCUAAAGCUUGAUCCUCCAGAAGGGCAUUGUUACCUGGGGGUUAUAGCUUCAGUGAUCCAAACCAAGAAUGCCGGCUCAUACGAACUCAAGAUCGAUGUGAUGUUUGACAACCUCGAUACUUUCAACGAAGUCAAGGCGAGCGGUGUCCUCUCACCUAGAACAAUCAAAAACAUCUAUAAAAUUCCCGACGAGGAUCUAAUCGCCUGUCUUUUCUGGGGCCCGGCGAUGUCGUUCAAGGCAACUAUCAAGAGACCUGUGGUGUCUGGCUCUGUCGGAGACCUGGGUCUUCAUGGGUCUCAGCAGCAUGUUCCGCUAAUAUUUGUCCAGCUUCCAUUGUCGAGAGAGUAA